AUGUCUUCCUCACCGUCUCAGUCGCAACCCAAUGCUGGUCCGAUCAAAGCCGUCAUCUUCGACUAUAUGGGGACAUGUCUCGACUGGCACGGCGCCGUCACGCUGGGCCUCCCAGACACCAUUCCAGCAUACCAAAGAUCGCCACUGGCGCUGGCGUGGAGGCAGCAGUACUUCCGCGAGAGCGAACGGCGCGUCAGCAAGGGCUCGCCGGUGGAGGAUGUGGACACGACGCUGAAGCGGGCGCUCGACCACGUCCUGCACCAAGAUACGCACUUUCGGACUCUCGCCAUUCACUUCGAUGCAAGAUCGGCGGAGGAGGCCAUCCAGUCGUGGCACCGGCAGCGAGCGUGGGCCGAGGUGCCGGCGGCGCUCAAGGCGCUGCGUGGCCUUGGUUGCGAGGUCUACAUGCACGCCAACGGAUCGACACGCCUGCAGAUCGACAACACUCGCGCGGCCGGUCUUAACGAUGGCACGUUCGACCUGCUCAUGUCCAGCCAGCUGCUGGGCGAGUACCUGCCGAACCCACGCGCUUACGAGAGGGCUCUCGAGCUUAUCAAGCUCCGGCCUGAACAGGUAGUGAAGGUCGCAGCCCAUGCGUACGACAUUAGGGGGGCAAAGAAGGCCGGCAUGAAGACAGUCUACGUCAAGCGCUGGACGGAUGACAUUGACGUGGAUAAGGAAGAGGCCGGGAAGGAGUUUGAUGCCGUACUGGAUGACAUGUCAAGACUGCCGGAAGUUAUUGCCAGAUUACAAGGUUGUGAAUAA